AUGCGGAAAGCCCUGCUAUCCCUGCUCUUCGCGGCCGGUGCUGCUGUCGUGAACGCAAAGUACAUCGUGCCCGGCGGCCGCUGGCAUGACACGGACGGGAACCUUAUCAACGCGCACGCCGGUGGCGUCACCGUCGACCCGGAGAGCGGAAAGUUCUACUGGUUCGGCGAGUACAAGAUCGAAGGGCAAGAGGAGGGUGGUGGCGUGACGGUGUACAGCUCCGAGGAUCUGGCUACCUGGACGUACGAGGGCCUUGCACUGGAGCCGAUUGAGGGUCACCAGUACAUCUCGCCUGAGCACAUCAUUCAGCGGCCCAAGGUGGCAUACAGCGAGAGCCUGAACCAGUACCACAUGUGGUGGCAUGCGGACAACUCGUCGUACGGCUGGCUGCUCCAAGGCUUCGCGACGGCCGACACCAUCGCCGGCCCGUACACCUUCGUCAACGCCACCGCUCCGCUUGGCAACUGGUCCCAGGAUUUCGGCAUGUUCACCGACUACAAGGAUGGCAAGACCUACGCGCUCUACUCCAACGGCGACCGCAAGGAAGGCCGCGACGUGUACCUGACCAGCUACGACGACGGCAUCACCGAACUUGACGAAGUCAUCUACCGCUGGGACAAGUUCGAUCUCGAGGCCCCCACAAUCAUCCAGACGGAAAAGAGCUACUACGCAUUGAUGAGCCACAAGACCGGUUACCGCCCGAACAAUGUUGUGGCUUUCCGUGCGGAUUCACUGGCCGGUCCUUGGUCACAGCCUUUCAUUGUGGCGCCGUUGAACACUCGAACGUACAACUCUCAGUCGGGCUUUUCGUUGAGGAUUGUCGGUGAGAAAAAAACCACCUACCUCUACCUUGGUGACCAGUGGGAUAUGAAAUCUCUGUGGGAGAGCCGGUACAUCUGGCUGCCCAUCAAUAUCGAUGACGAGAAGAAGACGCUCGAUGUGGAAUGGCACGACGUGUAUGACUUGGAUGUUAAAUCUGGAGAGUGGAGCGCUGUUGAAGGAACCGUUUACUACGGAGCCGAUGCAACGACAAGCGGAAGCGCUUUCAAACAGGAGGCCAACUUCGCCAGCCAGGGAACCAUUGUGACUGGCAUCUACGGCAAUGACAGCACCGUGACAUUCGAGGGCAUCGAAGGAACAGGAAAGGACCAGUGGGUCUCGUUCUAUUACCAGAACACUGAUGACAUGGGUUUCGGAGAUCAGCCUGGUGGCUCUCCUGAUCGCAUCGGCGGAGCUUGGCAACUUCGCCGCAUCAGCAGCGUCGUCGUCAACGGCGACACCCAGAGCGUGCACACUCUCUACCAGCGCGACACGCACAAGGGAAUAAUCCUCUCUACGCCGCUCCUCCUCCCGCUCAAGGAAGGACCGAACACCAUUACCGUUGGCGGACUGAGCAACGGGGUCGACGUGAAGGGCGCAGAUCUGGACAAGAUCGUUGUGUAUCCCCCGGAGGAAUAG